AUGCACGAACGCUGUCGACUGAAAUGGCAAUUUCUGGCAGUUUUUGCCUUUAUAUAUUCGCAAGGCCUCGCUCUCAAGUGUUACGUCGGUUCCAAAGGAGUUUCCAACAAUGGGAAGGAAGUGCACAGCUUCUUGCCGAACGAAUGCGAAGAAGAAAUGACGCACUGUUUCGAAUCGUACACAGACGAUAUGUCACAAAUCACCGCCUCUUGCCAAUCACUGAAUACAGAACAACGACUACUCGACGUUUGCAAAGUAAGGAUUUUACUGAACUAA